CUAUUUCUUUCUCUUCAUAAUAAAAUCAAAUUCUCACUCUUCUCUUCUUUCUUAAUAUUUCUCUCAUUGUUGGGUUGUAUGCAUGGAGAGAAUGGACGGUCAUGAUCAUCAUCACCAUCAUGAUCAAGAUCAUGAUCAUGAUCAUGAAGAAGUAGUAGUAGGGUUUCAUCACUCCACUACUACAAUAUCGUCCUAUCCAUGCGCAUACUACGUCCAAAGCCCUUCCACCGUCUCCCACGCUAACAGCGCAACAGACGGCCUCCUUCGCAACAACACAACCCUAAGUAGCACCGCUGAUCAGGACUACUUUUCCUCAUCCAACGGUCACCACAAAAAAAUUUCUUAUGAUGCUCGCAGCCAUGAAACUGCUGCGAGCAUCGAUCAUCACCAUCAGAAGUAUAGUAAUAGUGUUGAUGAGAAUCGUCGUCUCAUCAUCAGUAAUACUACUCUUAAUGGUGAUCAUCAUUGUGGGAGUGAAGAUGAAGACGAUGAUUACGAAUAUUAUUAUGGUGAGAAAAGAGGGUGGUGGAAGAAGUAUUGUUCUUAUAGGGAUUCAGAUUCAAGUUGUUGGAUUUGUAUUCAGAUAAGUUGGAGAUUUUUGGUUAGUUUGUGUGUUGCUUUGCUUGUUUUCUAUAUUGCUUCAAGACCACCUCCACCUAAGCUUUCUAUUCAGAUAGGAAGAGUUGGAGUGUUUGGGCUUGGUGAAGGAGUGGAUAGCUCAGGAGUUACAACUAAGAUCCUCACUUGCAAUUGUUCCCUAAAUCUCAUCAUAGACAACAAGUCUAGACUCUUUGGCCUCCAUAUUCAUCCUCCAAUGAUCGACAUGUCGUUCGAGCGCCUCACGUUCGCGUUAGCUCAUGGCCCAAAGAUGUAUGCGGAGACUGGUUGGACAAGUUUUCCAUUGUACAUUGGAACAAAGAACAAGCCAUUGUAUGGGGCUGGAAGAGACAUGGAAGACAUGUUGGAGUCUAGCCAUGGCAUGCCAUUGUUGAUUAGAAUGAAGCUUAGUUCUUCCUUUAAAGUCAUUCCAAGGCUUAUUCACCCAAAAUACCAUCACCAGGCCCAUUGUUUGUUAAUACUUCGGAGGCCCAAUGAGAAGGCCCACCGAACCCACUUGUACAAUUCUACUUGUACCGUUAAUACAUUAUAAUUUUGUAAAAUACCAUUUUCUUUAUAAUUCUCUACAAAAAUUAAUAACAUAUAUUUGUAGAGAAUUAUAAAAAUAAAUAACUAUUUUACAAAA